GUAGCGGGGCUCAGCUCCAGAUGCUCCAGUGCCUCUCUCCUUGGAUUCGGAUAGUUUUGGGGAUGAGGGGUGGUGAGCUGAGCGGUCACACAGCGGAGCAUCUUUUACGAAGCUGGUCAAAAGAACAAUGAAAACAGCCUUUUAUUCUUCUGUUUCUAGAAAACUUCAAGAACAAGAGACCUACUUUCAAACUGAGCUGAAAAAGAAUAUUUGGACAAACCGUGAUUGCGAGAGUGGAUAAGUCUUCUAGCUGAGCCUAUGAGCUCUGACACCACAGCAAUCAUCAUCUUCAUCCUCCUCCUAAUUUGCUUUACUUCCAUCCUCUUUUUAUUGAUGCUGUUUUUAUAUAAAUGUUUCCAAAGCAAGAAAAUUGAAGAGUCAGAAAACGGUCCUUGUGAAGAUUGUUUAACUGAUAAUGUGCAGACAAGCAAUCCAGGAGACCAAGAAAAGACUCUAAGGCAAAUCAUGAAGCCUGGCAUUCUUGUCCACAGACAGAGUAAAGAAAUGGUGGCCACAUACUUGAAAAACAAAGAGGACAUGGAGGGCAAAAUAAAAGAAAACCAUCCAAAGGACGCUGAUUUGCGAGGAGCACACAUCCCUGUCAGUGGAGCCCCGUCAGUUACUGAUAACACCAGAAGGCCUUUGAAAGGAGUGACGUUUUCUAGGGAGGUGAUUGUUGUGGAUCUCGGGGAGGCACACCCUGCUCCGCAAAGCCAUAUUCAAGAACAUAAAGAGAGAAAAUGAAGGUCGGAAAAGGCUGAGAGUGAAAAGCAACGUAACCUGGGACCAACGGUGCAAUGACUGGGGGUACAAAAUCAUGUUGACACGGCAAAAUAAUGGAGAAUUAAGCAAAUACAAAUAACAUUUUAUCUUUGUGCAGAAAGAAGUGGGCUACGUGCAAAAUUCUGUAAGUAAAAUACCCAGAGCUUGAAUAUAAUGUGUUUUU